AUGACGGCAGAGGCGUUUAUUGCCGCUCUACGACGAUUCAUCGCGAGAAGAGGUGAAAUAAAAACAAUAAACAGCGAUAACGGAACCAAUUUUGUUGCAGCGAAUCGAUUGUUACACGAGUUAACAAUCAUCGAAAAAGAGGAGUUCAACGAUGAGGUAGCAAAUGAGCUCACGACACAAGGCAUCAUGUGGAAGUUUUCACCACCAGCGGCACCUCAUUUCAACGGCCUUGUAGAGGCUGGCGUAAAAACAAUAAAAACGCAUUUGAAAAGGGCAUUGGGUGAGCAAAAAUUCACUUUCGAAGAGCUAUCAACAUUACUGGCUCAAAUCGAAGCAGCGGCAAAUUCAAGACCACUCACACCUAUGUCUUGCGACACAAACGACAGCACGAUACUAACACCAGCGCAUUUUUUGCUAAAUUCAUAUCCAGUAGCAAUUACAAACGAAAAUUUUGAUGAGGUGAAGUUAAAUUGUCUCGAUCGUUGGAAAAAAGUUCAGCAAACGGUGAGGCAGUUCUGGCAUCGCUGGCAGAAUGAAUAUCUGCACACAAUUCAACAAAGAGCAAAAUGGCACACGCCAAACGACGCAAUAAAAAAAGACGACUUAGUGCUGAUAAGUGACUCAGCACCUGUGGGCAAAUGGCCCAUGGGCAGAGUGUUAGAGGUUCAUCAAGGACAAGAUGGACUCACGCGAGUGGCCACCGUUAAAACGGCCAACAACACGUUAAAACGGCCAAUAACCAAAUUGGCACCAUUACCAAUCGACC